AAUUUAUAAAUGUAUCGUCUAGUAAAGGAAUGUUACUGUUUGAUUAUAUUAUUCUUGUGUUUCAAAUUUAAACAUGGACAAAAUUUGACAGCAGAUGAUUGUGAAGACUUGGAGAAAGGAGCGUGUUUUCUUGUCUUGGACCGACCCUAUCUUUGUUAUCGACCCAACAACCAAAUCAAAUGUUGUUCGACUUGCAGGCACUUUUUCACAAAUAUAGAAGGUUGUGAAUAUGGAAAUCGGAGAAAGGUUUGCGAUAAAAGAUUUUGUCCAAAAGAUGACAGAAUAGAUCGUUUCUGUUGUUGGACUUGUGGAGGCUAUACAACAACAACGACAACCACCACCACCACAACAACAGAACAACCCACGACAACAUUAUCUGAACAAACAACAACAGAGCAACCUACGACAACAUCAACUGAACAAACAACACUUAGAACAAUCAACAUUCAUACUCCUAUCCGGUAUUGGAAACGUGCCAGAGAUACCAUUUACUCGAGAUAUCGUCUGAAUGCUGUAUGGAAUGCUCUUAAAAGGACGUUUUUCCUUGAUAUUGACGAUGAAAAGAAUUAAUUUGAAUGAGCAUAAUGGAUUACUAGUGUUUUUGAUAACUUGAUUUAUGGUAAUGAUAUAAAAAAUGUGACGAGAAUAUUUGUUUCCAGGUGAAAACAGUUUACUAAGAAAGCAAGUGGUUGUUUGUUCAUCAAUUGUUGGUGAUAAGACAAUACUUUUAUAAUGUCAACCAAUGAAUAUUUUUCAUAGAGCUCUUGAAAAGGUUAAGUAUAGGUCGCCUUUCUUCCAAUCAGACUGAAGUAUUUCUUAAAAAUACAUUGUAUAUUGAAUUUU